AUGACAAGUUUGAGCAAUGGACACAAAUCGUCUUCUAGCUUAACUAUUACUGACAAAGUUAUAAAAUCAUUUGAGCCAGUCAAGACAUUUAAUUAUCAUAAAGGAGCGAGCAUAACUUCAUUAGACUUUGAUGAUUCGGGCCAAUACUUAAUUUCAGCAGGAAUAGAUAAGUCAAUUCAACUAUAUGAUGUUCAUAAGGGUGUACAUCAUAAUGAUAUACAAUCUCAGAAGUAUGGGGCACACUUAGCAAGGUUUACGCAUUUAGAAUUGAACUGUUUAUAUGCAUCGACCCCGGCUGCAGACAAAAGUAUCGAUAAUGCCAUUAGAUAUCUCUCGUUGUCAAAUAACCUGUACUUGCGGUAUUUCAAGGGGCAUAAGGAUCAGGUUACUUCGAUCGAGGUGCAUCCAGUGCUGGAUCUUUUUUUGAGUGCAAGUUUGGAUCGUACAGUGAAGUUAUGGGACUUGCGAUCGACAUCGCCCGUUGGAAACUUGGAUGUAGGACAGCCCACAGCUGUAGCAUUUGAUCCCAGGGGGGUUGUAUUUUGUGUGGGUAAAUGCCCUCAUCCAUCAACAGGAGCGAAUGUGGGAAGUAUUGCGUUCUAUGAUAUGACCAAUUUCGAUAAGAAGCCAUUUUUAGAGAUAGAAAUAAAAGUACUUGCAGGACAAACGUGGAAUAAACUAGAGUUUUCCAAUAAUGGAAAGCUUUUGUUAAUAUCGACGGACUCUUACGAACAUUAUGUGCUUGAUGCAUUCCUGGGUCAGUUGUUGACUACUCUACAAGUCGGACCUGAUAUCUCUCAUGAAGAGUACAUUGGAGACUGGAUGACAUUUAAGUAUCCUUACUCUGGGUCAGCUUCGUUCUCGCCAUGUGGCAAGUUUGUACUUAUAGGAUCGCCUAAUAUGAAUGUCCUGGCGUUCGACCUUACUAAUUUAAAGCAUACCGAUGGUAAUACUCAUUCAGUUUCUGAUCUCGACAAUCCGAAAACUUUACGUCCAUUUCAAAUUUUACCUACAAACCAAGGCAUUCCAAAAAUUGUUGCAUUUAAUCAAAAAUUAUUAACAUUUGCCACUGCAGACUCGGUUGUGUCAUUAUGGCAGCCCAGAUUACCUGAUCCUAUAUAA